CCUCCCACACUGUAUAUAUCCCGCUUGGCUGCAGUGAGUCAAGGCCCUGCACCACUCUCACUUCUUCUCCACCCGACGCGAGUGACUACAUCUGCAAAAAUGAUGAACGGUAUGAUCGUAAAGAACAUGUCCUUCAAGGUCGGACAGACCCUGACCAUUGUUGGAGUCCCCAAGCCUGAUGCUACAAACUUUGCAAUCAAUAUCGGCCCUGAUGAGACGGAGAUCACGAUGCACAUCAACCCUCGCUUCAAUGCCCACGGAGACGAGAAUGCUGUGGUCUGCAACUCUUACCAGAAAGGCAGCUGGUGUGAGGAGCACCGCGAGGGAGGCUUUCCGUUCCACCAGGGAGAGGAGUUCAAGGUCGUCAUCGAAUUCGCCCCGACGGAGUUCCAGGUGACUUUAUCCGAUGGCUCAAAGAUCCACUUCCCCAACCGCAUGGGCGCAGCGAAGUACUCGUGCAUCGGCUUCGAUGGGGAGGUCCGCGUCACCAGCUUUGAGAUCAAGUAAACCUGCAGCCACCCUGGAAUUUUGGGGAAUUGAAAUUCAUUCUUUCUUUCUUUUUCAAUUAGUGUAACGUCGGGUCGACCCCAGGCCCCGCUUUUAAGGUCUAGAAUGUUAUGUGAUAUCAGUAGUGCCUUAAUGUUUAUCAUACAAACAGGAUGAUGCAAUAAAGUAGCUUGUUGACAUGUGCCAAUGCAAGCAGACAAAAAAAGGAUUGGAUCAGACA